UCGCUAAAUUGGAUGGGUAUUUUCCUGAAGCUCAGAUCCAGCAAGCAAGAAAAAAACAAAAAAAACAAAAAAAAAAUAACUGAAAUGGCGAAGGAAGUGAUUAAAGCUGAUUAUAUGCAGAUGAAUAUAGUGGCCUAACAGUUGAAGCCUAGGCCUAGUAGGGCUUGUUUGAUUGGAGUAUGGAGUCUAUACACACAUUGCUACUGGCCUUACACUUAUUGUUAUGUUUGUGUCCAUGUUGGUGUGAAGACCAAGGACUGAAAUGCGGGGAUCUUCAAAUCGGACAAUUCACUUGUAAAGAUCCGGUUAUUGAUCCUCAUACACAGUCUGCUGUCGGUUGUACAAAGAACAGGAAAGUUAAAGUUUUAUGUAUGCCAGUGGAGAACAUCACGUGCAGUGGUAAAUUAUACAAUGGGUUGGCCGUAAGCAAGGAAAUUGAUAAAGAAGUUGAUUGCAGAUAUACAACCAAAUAUUCUUACACGACAACCCUGUUACUCUCCAUAUUCCUUGGCAUGUUUGGGGUCGACAGGAUGUAUCUUGGAUACCCCGCCAUUGGACUCUUGAAGUUCUGUACGAUGGGAUUCCUUUUUGUUGGACAGUUCUUGGACAUCAUUUUAAUUGCAACCCAGGUGGUUAAGCCAGCAGAUGGUUCCGACUACAUAAUCAGUUACUAUGGGCCUAUGCUUUACAAGAUGGAACUUAAUAACCAAACUUAUAUAAUGCCGCCACUAACAGCCAGUUAUGUUGAUGAGUUAUGACAGAGGAGAAAUAUAACGACCAGCCAUUACUGGCAUCUCUGUAUAUUUAGUUCUUUAAAUAUAAUAUUUUUACAACCAAAAAACAUUGAAGAUUGAGCACACAUAUAAGAAAUUAAGCACACAAAGCCAAAAUGCUGUGCUGUAAUAUAAAAA